UGAGGAAUCCAGACCCGGUUCAGUGUUGAGUGUCAGCCGCGCAGGUCGAGUUCUCACGGUCAGUGAUUGAACAUGUCCGUGAGUGGGAACUACAGCGUUCCAAACUUCACUAAAGAUCACCUAAUGAAAGACGAGUUCAGUAAAGAUGCCUAUGAUUACGAGGAGGAGGAGGAGGAGGAGGAUGAAGAGGAGAUUUCAGACUCAGAGGACAAACCCAAAAUCUUACUGAUGGGACUCAGGCGGAGUGGAAAGUCCUCCAUACAGAAGGUGGUCUUCCACAAGAUGUCCCCCAACGAUACACUAUUCCUGGAGAGCACCAAUAAGAUCUGUAAAGACGACAUCAGCAGCAGCUCCUUCAUUAACUUCCAGAUCUGGGAUUUUCCGGGUCAGGUGGACUUUUUUGACCCCACCUUUGAUUAUGAGAUGAUCUUCAGAGGGACAGGAGCGCUCAUCUUUGUUAUUGAUGCUCAGGACGACUACAUGGAGGCUUUGGGGAGGCUGCACCUCACCGUGUCCCGCGCCUACAGAGUCAACCCCAAGAUCAACUUCGAGGUGUUCGUGCACAAGGUGGACGGACUGUCGGACGACCACAAGAUCGAGACGCAAAGGGACAUCCACCAGAGGGCUACCGAUGAGCUGGCAGACGCUAGCUCGGACAAACUGCACCUCAGCUUCUACUUGACCAGCAUCUACGAUCACUCUAUAUUUGAAGCCUUCAGUAAGGUGGUACAGAAACUCAUCCCUCAUCUGCCCACACUGGAGAACCUGCUCAACAUCUUCAUAUCGAACUCCGGGAUCGAGAAGGUGUUCCUGUUCGACGUUCUCAGUAAGAUCUACAUCGCUACAGACAGUUCUCCGGUGGACAUGCAGUCGUACGAGCUCUGCUGUGACAUGAUCGACGUCGUUAGUGACGUCUCCUGUAUUUACGGGCUAAAAGAGGACAGCGGCAGGACUGCGUUUGAUACAGACUCUCUUGCCAUCAUUAAGAUGAACAACACCACUGUGCUCUACCUGAAGGAGGUGACCAGGUUCCUGGCUCUCGUCUGUAUCCUGCGUGAGGAAAGCUUCGAGAAGAAAGGUCUGAUCGACUACAACUUCCACUGUCUGAGAAAAGCCAUCCACGAGGUGUUUGAGGUCACGUGUCUCACCUCCAGAAACUGCUUACCUGAUAAUCUAGACUCCCCUGGUCCUAGCAGUAGUAGUGUUAAAGUGCCAAUGCUUAACGGGACCCCCAGAGGCCCGAAGUGACCUUACAGAGGGACGGUGUCACCCCCCCUCUUUUCCCGGGGCUUCUUCUGCACCGAACUGAGCACGCAUCAGAUGCUGGAGCUACGGUGUUGUCUGCAUCCUGGAAGCAAGUUGAGCUGGUAGCUAAUUAAAGUGUGUGUGUGUGUGUGUGUGUGUGUGAGUGUGUGUGUGUGUGUGAGGGUUGAGUAAUAUGGCAAUAAUGUGACAUGUUGUUUUUAAUUCUUUGAUCGACCUCAAUAUCAUCAAAAUGUUCAAUUAAACUGUGUGAAAGUAGUGUGAAAAAGUAAUUACCCCCCACCCCUUCCUGAUUUAAUUCCUUUUUAUGGCAUAUUUGUUAUAUAUUAAAUGAUUUAGUCAUUUCCAGCUCCCGAUUGUGAAUCCGCUAUAGCUCAGUUUUAUCAAGGAGAGCCUUGAGCCACGCCUCAUCCACCACGUGUCCAAUCUGUUGCCACUUCUCGUCACCUGCCAGAGUACCUGGUGGAAAACAUGCUUGAAAACACACAGACUAUAAAUAGAGAAGAGGACUGAACCCAGUUUGAUAGAGCUGCACGGCACCAACACAGCCCCUCUAAAACAUCUGCUUGAUUCUUUCUCUGUGAUUUAUCUGCACUCUGACCACUUGUCCGGUUUCUGGACGUAUCAUGACCUGGUUUUUCUGUGCUGUGAUUUCUUCUGGGCAUAUUGCCCACCCCAUGGUGUGUGUUGGUGUGCCAAAACAUAUUUGUACUGGGCAUUUGUGAUGGGUUCUGACCUCAAACCCUACUGUAAAUGGGAACACUAGAGUGAGCAGCCACGCUUGGACAGCAGUGGUUUCCAUCCUGCCAACCUUCCAUGCGAAUCCUUAUUAUCGCUGACCUUAGCUGAGGAUACCUAACUGACCUCAAUGCGCCUUUAGGGAUGUCUCAGGAGACUACCAGCCACUGAGUAGUAGCCUAACUCUUUCAUUUUUUCAUUUGGAAAUAGUGGCUCUCGCUGUGGUUCGGUGGAGUCCUAGAGCCAUAAAUAGCUGUGUAACCCUUUUUAGACUGAUACAUUUGAAGGACUGUUUCUCUCAGCUCUUCUGUAAUUAGAUCAGAGCUUAGUGUUCCUGUAGAAACAUGAUAAAGCAUGGUGUGGAAGCUGGUAUAGUGGGUGCUGUGCAGCAGCAUGGGUCCUGAGGCCCUAGGUUUGAUCCUCAGCUCUGGUUUCUGCCUAUGAGGAGUCUGGUUUGUCCUUUUUAUGGUUUUCUUUAACUGAGAACAUGUAGAAGGUCGGUUGACAUUUUUUUCCCACUUAGUGUGAGUAAGUAUAGAUCAAUGAGCCAGAACAUUUGGACCACCUGCUUUAUACACUGUCAAAAUAGCCCUGACCCACCGAGACAUGGACUUUACAGGACAUCUGAAGGACUCCUGUGAUAUCUGGUACCAGGAUUUUCCCAGCAGGUCCUUCCAGGUGAAUCGUCCAACAGUGCAUCCUCAGGUAAACGAUGCAAUGUGCCCAGUUUACCAGUAUCAGGCCACUUCAUUUUCGUCCGUGGCUCCCAGAACUGGACCAUUGUAGGUCCAUUCAGUAUUGGAUAGGAGUUACUCGGCACCAUAGACACAAGGGUUCGAUUCCCUGUGUGUUGUGACAUGUUCACCUCAUCACCAGGAUUAAAUGAAACUGCAAUUUGAGCCUCAGUGAUUGUUCUGUUGGUCCGGACCAGACCCCACAGCCUUCAUGUCCUCUGGUAUCACCGAGUCUCGGCCGCCCAACACCCUGUCGGCGGCUCGUCCCUCCUCGGACCGCUGUGAGCGCCUUGCUGUUUAUUGUUCCGUUUUUAAGGUGGACCUUAUGUUUUGGAUCAUCGGUGUACGCUGCAGUAAAAUCUGUCGCCUCCUUUCCUAAAUACGUAUUAACACUAAGCUGAACAACAGCGGGAGCAAACGUCUGUCGUUCGUGCACCAGACAGCUUCAAGUGCUGUGGUCCAAAACCUAUUUUUCUACACAACACUAUACAGUAUAUAUAUUUUUAGACAUGAACUAAGGUUUUGUAAUUGUUGAAAGUAAUAAUGUAUUUUUAUUAAAAAUGCUUCAGAUUUGAAGAAUAAAUGAAU